GCCGCUCAGAGCUCAGGGGCGCACUGGGAGUCAUAAACAAUGGUUAGAUAAGCACUUUACCGCCACGUGAACGAAUGCUAGCACUGCUCUUGUUGUUGUUGCUGUUAUUACCCGUUAAUGCUAGUAAUAAUAAUAAUAUUAAUAGUUUGAAUAAUAAUAUGUGUAUUGUGUUGACAUUUUGUGUCGAUGUGUAGUGUAGAUUGUAUUCCAUACAUUCACCGCUCGGUGCCUUUAGGGAAUACAAGUCACAGAGUGCAGUGGUACUCGUAGUAUCGUCAAGGUAUCGUCAUGGUAUUGAUUCAUGAAGGGAGGAGGGAGCGGAUCUUCAUCUCAGAUCACGGUCCGAUUGCCGUCUUCUGCUUGGGCUCACAUGUGACGUCCUGCCCGGUUACCUCCUCAGCCUAUACACAGACCCCACGCGCACCUCUCCGCCUCUUCAAGUGCCUCCAAACGUCUCGCUCCCAAGACGACCCAGACGUGUUCUUGUUCAAACUCUUGCCCACCCUGGACAUCUACACCUGGACCGAAGAACAUGUGUAUUUCUGGAUGCAGCAAAUAUCCGGACCAGGAGACGGAGCAUCUGGCAUGCAGCUGUAUGCCGAGCUGUUCAAGGAGAACCACAUCACAGGGAAGAGACUGCUGCUGCUCACCGAGACGGACAUGAGGGAGCUGGGGGUCAGGUCCAAGGGUCACAUCAUGCACCUCAAGGAGGAGAUAUCGAAGCUAAUCAAUGACUACCUGGGGCUGCUACACUUCCCACCGCUGUUCAAGGAUGAGCUGGAGGAGAAGGUGGAGGGAAGGAAGACGGUGUACCUGGAGCUGGUGUUUGGGUACCACUUCAAAGCAGGAACAGGAAACACUGACUGCAAGUGGAAGAUGUACAUGGAGCUGGACGGGGACGACAUCGCCGUCACGUACAUCAAAGACGUCAGCUUCAACACCAACCGCCCGGACGUGGACGUCUUAAAGAUGACAAAGCCUCCGUUUGUGAUGGACAAGUGGAUCCUCGGAAUGGACCAGAAGCAGACUGUGGAUUGUGUCAUCAACUAUGAGAACGACGUGAAGUCCCCCCGGUCCACGCGCUACACCCAUCAGGUGACGCCCGCCGCCGCCGCGGACGAGAUCAAGGGGGUGGAGCUGGUGGUGGGGACGCUGAACCCCGGGACGGGGUCCGCAGACCCCCGGAGCCGCUCCAACUCUGACGUGGACCCAAGAUGGAUGCAGCAGCUGCGCUCCAAGCAGGUGAGGAACCAGCUGGCGCAGGAGCCCCAGGUCGCAGUGGAGACGCCGGGCCACGCCCGCAACCUGCCCCGCUUCCUGACGGCGUACGGCGACGAGGCGUCCACCUACGCGGCGGCCGUGCGCCGCAGCCCGAGCCGCGGCGACGGCUGCCCGUGGUCGGGGGGGGACUCGCGGGGGCCCUCCCCGACGGCGGGCCUGGCCCCCGGGCUCCGCUCGCUCCACCUGGGGUCCCGCGGCAGCAGCCCCUCCAGCACAGUGUCGGAGAGCACCUGGGAGCGUGAGAGGGACCCGCGGCGGCGCCUCAGCGCGGGCGCCGUACACGAAUACCGCCGCCAGACGGGCUACGGCGGCUGGAGGGGCGGGGCCGGGGAGAGGCGGGGCAGCGCCGGCGGGGCGUGGCGGGGCGAGGGCCAAGCCGGCGCCGGGGGCGUGGCCAAACCGGGAAGGCAGCGGAGCAACAGCUACACGCAGGCCCGCGCGCAGAAGGCCAUCCCGGGGAUCCAGUCGGUGAUGGAGGCGUUUGGGAAGGAGAGGGAGGAGGGGAAGGCCGGGGAGGGGGGGUGGACCAAGGUGGGGCGGCCCAAACGGACAGCCAGGCCGGAGGAGAAGCAGGUCAGAGGGAGGGGGAAGAGGGGGGGAGGCGGGCGGGGAGGAGGCGGCGGCGGCGGCGGCGGCGGCGGCGGGCGCGGAGGAGGUGGGCGUGGCGGGGGUCGGACUUUGUCGUGAGGACGACGGUUGUGAGUCGCACCUGGACUGUCGCACAAGGAAGAGCCGAUGGCAUUGUGCGUUUGGGAUAAAGAAAUGCACAGUGUUGUUUUUAAUAUAUGAUUGACCUAAAUAUGAGCUGGUCCGGAAAAAAGAAAUGCUCCCUAAAGACUGGUCCAUGAACGUUUUUAGCACAUAUAUCUUUAUGAUGUAUAUUUUUAGUUUUUAAAAGUUUGUAUUAUUAAAAAACUAAAUAUGAA